UGCCAACGGGAGCAACGCGCGGCCCCGGCGGCCGGAGCCCAGCGCAGCCCGCGGCGCCCGGCGGGGAGGGCAGCAGUGAGCAUGCAGAGUUCAGAGGCCGGGUCAGACUCAGCAGCUUCUGUGGCACUUCACCCUUCUGCAUCAGCCCAAGCUCCGGUAGUGCAGCCAGUGCCGGCGUCGCAGCAGAGGGUUUUGGUCCAAGCAGCAGGCUCCGCUCCCAAAGGAGCGCAGAUGCAGCAAAUCUCUGUGCCCAGAGUUCAGCAGGUUCCACAACAGGUGCAAUCCGUGCAGCACGUAUAUCCAUCUCAGGUCCAGUAUGUGGAAGGAGGAGAAGCUGUUUAUACCAAUGGAACCAUACGAGCUGCCUACUCCUACAACCCCGAAGCUCAGAUUUACGCCCCCAGCAGCGCCGCGUCCUAUUUCGAAGCGCAGGGAGGUGGAGCUCAGGUGACUACAGCGGCAUCCUCUCCUCCAGCCAUUCCCUCUCACAACAUGGUGGGCAUCACCAUGGACAUUGGGGGAAGUCCGAUCCUCUCCGGCUCGGGAGCCUAUCUCAUUCAUGGGGGGAUGGAAAACACUAGACAUUCUCUGUCACAUACUUCACGCUCCUCUCCAGCAACGCUCCAGUGGUUGUUGGACAACUAUGAGACAGCAGAAGGUGUCAGCCUUCCCAGGAGCUCCCUCUACAACCAUUACCUGAGGCACUGCCAGGAGCACAAGCUGGACCCGGUGAACGCCGCUUCCUUCGGGAAGCUGAUCCGCUCGGUGUUCAUGGGGCUGAGGACUCGGCGCCUGGGAACCAGGGGAAACUCCAAAUACCAUUAUUAUGGGAUCCGUCUGAAGCCAGAGUCUCCGCUGAACCGACUGCAGGAGGACACCCAGUACAUGGCAAUGAGGCAGCAGCCCAUCCACCAGAAGCAAAGGUACAGAGCAGCCCAGAAGAUGGAUGGCACUGCAGAGAGCGGGGCCAACAGCAACCCUCACGCCACGCCGGAGCAAUCGGUCGCUGCUCAGAGCCAACACCAUCAGCAGUUCAUAGAUGUAACCCACGUCUUCCCCGAGUUCCCAGCCCCUGACCUAGGAACUGUCCUCUUACAAGAAGGAGUCACCAUGACUGAUGUGAAAACCCUGCAGCUUCUGUACAGGAGACACUGUGAGGCGACUUUGGAUGUUGUGAUGAACCUUCAGUUUCAUUACAUCGAGAAGCUGUGGCAAUCCUUCUGGAGUCCCAAAGCCCCAUCUAGUGACGGCUCUGCUGCUCUGCCAUCCAGUGAAGAAGAGCACGAAGGGACUCUCCCAAAAGAUAAGCUGAUCACGCUGUGCAAAUACGAGCCCAUCCUGAAAUGGAUGAGAAGCUGCGAUCACAUCUUGUACCAGGCUCUGGUGGAGAUUCUCAUCCCAGACGUGCUCAGGCCGGUGCCCAGCACACUCACACAGGCCAUUCGGAACUUUGCCAAGAGCCUGGAAGGGUGGCUGAUGAAUGCCAUGAGUGAAUUUCCCCCCCACGUUGUGCAGACCAAGGUGGGGGUGGUGAGUGCCUUUGCUCAGACCCUCCGGAGAUACACGUCCCUGAACCACUUGGCGCAGGCAGCUCGUGCUGUGCUGCAGAACACCUCCCAGAUCAACCAGAUGCUCAGCGACCUCAACCGCGUCGACUUCGCCAACGUCCAGGAGCAAGCCUCGUGGGUGUGCCAGUGUGAGGAAGGCAUGGUACAGAAGCUGGAGCAGGAUUUCAAGCUCACUCUGCAGCAGCAGAGUUCUCUGGACCAGUGGGCAAGUUGGCUGGAUAAUGUUGUUACUCAAGUCCUGAAGCACCACGAGGGCAGCCCCAGCUUCCCCAAGGCAGCCAGGCAGUUCCUGCUGAAAUGGUCUUUCUAUAGCUCCAUGGUGAUUCGGGACCUCACCCUGCGCAGCGCCGCCAGCUUCGGCUCCUUCCACCUCAUCCGCCUGCUCUAUGACGAGUACAUGUUCUACCUGGUGGAGCACCGUGUUGCCCAGGCGACAGGGGAGACACCAAUUGCUGUCAUGGGAGAGUUUGGUGACCUCACAUCCCUGUCCCCAACUCUGCUGGACAAAGAUGACAUGAGUGAGCUGGGCAGCGACUCGGAGUCGCGGGGCGCGGGGGAGCCGCUGGUGAAGCGGGAGCGCAGCGACCCCGGCCACUCGCUGCAGGACAUCUGAAGCCAGGACUUGGCUCUUCUCCAGCUGGAUGAAGAAAUCCAGAGCCAGGUUUGAUGAUCUCAAGCCUGAGUCUCCCCAUAUCUGCGUUAUUAGUGCCUCUUAGUCUCUCUUUACCUUUACUUGUGUCUGAGGAUGGGCUCCAGGGCCGAGCCCGGGCGGGCGGGACGGGGCUGGCUGGGCCCCCGUGUGCCUCCAGCCUGGCUGCUGCCAAAGGCCCAAAGUCUGCCACCAAGCAAUGGAAGCCUCUGUGGGCAGCAGAGCAUUGGAUGUGCCUGGCUAGGAGAGGCUGUCCUCUCCAGCCUGAGCCAGGUGGGCAAAUGAAGCUUUCUCCUUUCAGGGAAGGUGGUUUAGGUUUCUUCCCCACUUCUCAGCCUUCACUGUGAUACAAACUUGAACCAAUCAGUGCCCAAGAAGAAUACCUGACCCUUCUCCUCCAGCCUUUCAAGACAAGUUGUCCUAGCUCUGACUUCACCAAAUCAUUGCACCAGGGAGCUGCAGGACAGCACAUCCCUCUUGUGCCCACCUGAGCAGAGGGCUCCAGGCUGCACAUCCAUCUGCUGCCAGUGGAGCAGUGCAUGUGUGUGCUCUGGGACUGGCACGUGUGUGCUCUGGGACUGCCAUGUGUGUGCUCUGAGACUGACAUGUGUGUGCUCUGAGACUGACAUGUGUGUGCUCUGGGACUGGCACGUGUGUGCUCUGGGACUGCCAUGUGCAGCCCCUGGGACUACAGGACGAGCUCCCACGUCUCCCCAGCUUGGUUGGUGUUUCAUCUCUGAUCCACGGAUGCUCCUGGGACACUGUGGGGCCAAAUCAAGAUACCAAAGGACUCUGAGGAAGCAGCAGCUGGUCACCAAGUGUGUUUUGUUGCCCACCGCACUCUGAUGCCCGUGGGCAAUCCCACAGCCAGGGUACCCAGGCAGAGGGGGACUGAUCCUGUGCCCUGGGUUUUGUACAGUCCUUGCUUGAUGUCCUGCCAAGGUGUGGAGGGUUGGGUGCAGCUGCCUGGGUGAGGGUGUGUGACUGCAGUGCCUUAGGGUGGGCCUCUGCCCACUUCCCCCCCAGCUCUGGGCGAGCUGGCACAGCUCAGACUCUGGUGAAACAGCCCAUCCCAUGGUGGCCAGGGGUGCUCAGCACCACAGCAGCAUUUGCUCCUCCCUAUCUAUCACUUCACCUCUUCCUUGCAGCAUCGUGUCGGUGGCUCCCGUGGGGCUGAGCCAGGGCGGCUUCAGCCCUCAGUGGGGUUUCAUUCUCCUGUGGGGUCUGGGCUGACGUGGGCUUCAGGGCAGAGGAGGGAAGGUGGCAUCUGUCAUCCAGCCAAACUGCAAAAACAAAGCCCUGGGGCAGAUGUGUGUGUGAAUAAAGGCUGUGUCAGAAAGAGCUGCCGUGGUUCCUUCCACUGCUGCAGUAUCCGUGGGAGCCUCCCCAGGGCUCUCCUGUACAUUUGCAUAUCAGAGUAUAUUCCACCCAAAUACCUUAUUUACUCGUUCCAGAGGGUGCUGAGGUAGCUGUGACACCUGCAAAACAGAAACAUUGCUAAUGGAGAGUAAGGAGGAGCUGUGGAGUGGCACCUGUUUGGCUCCUGUGCUGUGCUGGCUCAGAACGUCCCUUGGAGCAGGGAGCAGGGACAGAGCUGCUCUGUCUGUACAUAGU